CACGUCACCUCACGUCACUACCGCACCUGCGCAGCCAUCUUGAGCCGCUAGCAAGCAACGGGCACGGAAAGGCAAAAAAAAACAAAAAAACAGGAGUAAAAUACAACAGCCUAACCUGAGGAAACAGGGAUAUGUCCGCUAGAAUCAAGGACAUAUGAAACAAUAAAGGUCGAAUACAGCGGAGCCACCACGGGACAUUAACGGAGACGGUAAAACAGCCAUCUAAGUGCCUCGGAUACCCGGACCUACAAGUCAUCUUUUUCCGCCGGAGUAGGAAGGAAGAGUCGAGUCGCCGACAGAAAAACACAUCCAGAGUGAAACCAUGAAUCCUGAAUAUGACUAUCUGUUCAAGCUCUUGCUCAUCGGAGACUCUGGAGUAGGAAAGUCCUGUCUCCUGCUCCGCUUCGCCGAUGACACCUACACAGAGAGCUACAUCAGCACCAUCGGAGUGGACUUCAAGAUCCGCACCAUCGAGCUGGACGGCAAGACCAUCAAACUGCAGAUUUGGGACACUGCUGGCCAGGAGAGGUUUCGCACCAUCACCUCCAGUUACUACCGCGGAGCCCACGGCAUCAUAGUUGUAUAUGAUGUGACGGAUCAGGAGUCCUACAACAACGUUAAGCAGUGGCUUCAGGAGAUCGACCGCUACGCCAGUGAAAAUGUCAACAAGCUGCUGGUGGGCAACAAGUGUGACCUGACCACUAAGAAGGUAGUGGACUACACAACAGCCAAGGAGUUCGCUGACUCCUUAGCCAUCCCCUUCCUGGAGACGAGCGCCAAGAACGCCACCAACGUGGAGCAGGCCUUCAUGACCAUGGCGGCGGAGAUCAAGAAGCGCAUGGGACCCGGGGCCACGGCCGGCGGAGACAAGCCCAACUUAAAGAUCGAGAGCACCCCGGUCCGGCAGUCCGGAGGUGGCUGCUGUUAAAAGGACCCUCCCUCGACCCCCCGACCACCCCCGACCACCACCCUUCACCGUUUCCGCUUAAAUCUCCCUCUCUGUGUUCCCUCCCCUCAUCUCUGCCACUCCCUCACCUCACCGUUCCCCCCAUAACACACCCUGUUACCCAGACUCCCCUUCUAUCAGGAGAUCCAGUGACGGUUGGCCCAACAGAGGAGUAAACUGUUAAGAGUGUUUAGAUCAGGAAACAGAUUGAAACUUUACAAGGGUUAAUUUGGGAGCACCCAUCAACCAACCCAGAGAGGAAAGCUGUGAGGGAGGGGACAGACGCCGAGGCCACUUUUACUUUCUGCCACAACGACAGAGAGAGAACGGAUAGGGGGGAUUGGUAUUGAUUUAGAUUAGAAUGAAGGCGAAGAUUAGGUUUAGAUACCAGUGAGCU